AUGAGCGUCGAAGAUAAUGAAGACGGAAGGGACGGCAGAGGCAAGCCCGAGGAGGGCCUCGCGUGGGCCAUCCACGAAGCUCUGAACUUCGCAGAGGCGGGCCAAAUGGUCGAAAACACCCACUUCAUAACUUGGAUGCAGCAGGCAGCUCUGCCCAAGUUCAAAAAGCUCUACGGCAAGCUCCAGGGGCCCCUGCUGCUGCCCCUCUACGCCUACGUGUCGAUCAGCUACGACGUGGGCCCCUGGGGGGGCCGCAAGGCCCUGCUGCUUGUGGCCCCCUCGCCCUUGGGCGGGGGCUCUCUGUACUUGGGAAUUUCUUACUUGGUCUUCGGGCUCAUGCUGCUGCUGUUUCUCGCCUACUUGCUGUGGCGCGUCCGCAGCAGCAGGGGCCCCCGCAGCAGCAGCGGCAGGCCCUGGCGCCGCCUCUUCAGGAAAAAACACUCCCACAAAACCCGCAAAAGCAACUCCAACAAGCACCAGUAA